AUGAGCUCGAUCGAGCUGAGUUGGACCAAGGAUUGGGGGAUCACGUUCUUGGCUAAGGGAGAGAAGAAGAUGGUGACCUUUAGGCAGCUUGGAGAUCUGUUUGGGUUCACUAUGGAGAAGGUAACCAAGUGGAACAUCAAGGAAGAAGAACUCCAAAGAGUUUGGGCUACAAUCGCUGAGGGGUACUCUUCCUCAAGGUCCAAGGCUGCUCAGAUCAGGAGCCCAGUGCUUAGAUAUGUGCACAAGGCUCUUGCCAACACCUUCUUUGCAAGGAAAGCCACUGGGACAAUCAAUGAGGGAGAAGUGAAGCUCCUUGACAUGGGAAUCAAGCCCUAUCAUCUCACGCACAAGGAUGGGAAGAAGAUCAGAGGAGAUAGGGCACACGCAGGGAACUCAUGCCUCUCCUUGAGCAGCUCCAACCUACAAGUCACAGCUUACAACACUAGGCACCAAAGAGGAAGAAAGCUUAGUGUUGGAGGGUGA